AACAACCACUGUACAUCACUCGUGCUUGCUAUCGCACGAAGGUUGUCGUGUAGUUACACCAUGAAGGUUUUGAUGUCUGCGUUGUUGAUGGUGGCAUUAGUAGUGAUGGUUGCUGAUGCCUCGCCCCAAGCAAGUGAAGGAACUAGCGCCUGCCCAGAUGUUGGCCCAGAAAUCGCCAUGGACGCCCUGACUGAUGAGCUGUGUGUGCACGCUGACAAGACCAGGUGUGAUGCUAACAUGGACAGUUGCAGACACCACCACAAUCCUUCCAUGCACGAUCAUGUGGGCGACUGGAAAGACAGAAUGAUUGAAAACAUCACCAUCUGUGCCACCGAGCUGGGUUACACCUACAAUCCUGCCAGUUCAAGUGAAGAAAAGUCUGGUGAGAGCGAUGAAAGUUGUGUCCAUCACUGUACUUUCGAGAAUCAUCUCGUUGAUUUAGGUAUCACGAAGGAUGAACUGGUACCUAUGAUCCGCUGUCUUAUGAUCUUAAAAGAAUCACUUGAGACCUACCGGGAGUGUAUCAACCAGUAGAACAACACUGUAUACCCAGCCUGACAACACCUGUCUGAAGAACACCCAUCUUGAAUACCUGUCUGAAGAACACCGUAUGUUUUAUACCCAGCCUGACAACACCUGUCUGAAGGCCACCCAUCUUGAAUACCUGUCUGAAGAACUCCUUAUGUUGUAUACCCAGUUUGACAACACCUGUCUGAAGAACACCAGUCUUGAUCACCUGUCCGAAGAACUCCAUAUGUUGUACAAUAACAUAAGAACAUAAGAACAUAACAUAAGAAAGGAGGAUCACUGCAGCAGGCCAACGGGCCUGCUGCAGUGGGUAGAGGUGGUAGUAGUAGUAGUAGUGGAACUAAGGAGGUGAGGCUAGAGAGGGACCUGAUGACAUCAUGUAACAGCAGUUCGCAGGAUGCGUAAUAUCCUCUUGAUCAGUAAUUUUGAAAUACUGUAACUACCGGAUUUUUGCUUUAUAGUGUUACUGACAGAGAUUAUUGCAGCCUCAGUGGAUUUUCUCCGUCUUAAGUCGUCUUCUUUAAUCAUUAGUUUAGCUUCAUUGAAUUUCAUGAGGUGUCCAACUUCGUCCCUAUGUUGAACACAUGCGUUUUUGCGGUCAUAAUUUCUGCAAGCAUUUCUGAAAGCAUUUUGGAAAGCAAAACGUUGCCACAAUAAAAUGUCACAUUAGUUGCACUUGUGUCCUUUUACUUUAAAGAUUCUCCUUGGUAUGGACUGAUGAAGCCACUGUGUGGCGAAACGUUUCCUCAAUAAAGAUACCCAGGAGUUGCACAUGUGUCUAAUUUAUCAACAUGUCGGUUCUCUGAGCCAUUCAUUUACAAGCAUUUUUGUGUUCUGCGAUCCUAAUGUCCAGAGUUCUGGCUGUUUCCCCUACAUAUACUUUGUCACACCCCCCACAUGGUAUAGUGUAAAUUCCUGCACUUGUGCCAGAAUCAUGCUUAGGUUUUUGUAUCAGGUUCCUAAUAGUAGUUGAAGAGCUGGUAGAUAUUUUAGUCAGUUUUCUGUCAAACAUUUUUGAAACAUUAGUGGCAACGUUGCUAACCAGUAAAACAAUGUAACUUGGAGACUUUUCUUCAACUUGACUGGUGUUGGUCUUGCUGAGGAUGCGUGUCGCACGUUUCCUGCAGUCACGUAUGAAGUGUAGAGGAAAGUGUAGUGAACUAAAAGAGAUGGUGAUGUAUGUGCAUUUUCUUCGAGGAACUGCAGACUGGAAAUUCUGUAGGCUCUCAGAAAGAAACGCAUGUGUUCAACAUAAGGACGAUGUUGGACACCUCAAUGAAAUUCAAUGAAGCUAAAUUAGUUAUUAAAGAAGACGACUUAAGACUGAGAAAAUGCAUUGAAGCUGCACUAA